AGUCGGUGAUCAGGGCAGCGGGUCGGUGGUGAUUGUGAAUUCAGCCCCGAACUAAAGUCUCUAAACCCGGCGAGCCGCGGCGUAUUUACCGCUUCCCGGAGCUCCAGCGAGCCGCGACGGAUUUAUCGCUCCAGCGGGACGCGGGUCUGCUCGGAGCCGAGUAGCAGCGCGGGCAGCCCGGCCAGCACCCGGUCCGUGCAGCGGUGCUGCUGCGAAACAGCGCGGCUAGCAGGGGAAGUAGCUAGCGGGGCUAACGGCGCGGACCCGCCGCCGCAGCAGCCGCGAUGGGCCGGUCCCGGAGCCGCAGCUCCUCCCACUCUAAGCGCUCUAAGAGCGGCGGGGGGAAGCACGGCAAGAAGCGCAGCCGCUCCCGCUCCAGAGAGAAGAAGCGCCGCUCCAAGAGCCGCGAGUCCAAGAGGAACCGCCGCCGGGAGUCGCGCUCCCGAUCUCGCUCAGAGACCGCGCCAUCCCGCCGGGAGAGGGAGCGGGAGAGGGCCGCCUCGCCCCCGGACAGGAUCGACAUCUUCGGGCGGACCCUGAGCAAGAGGAGCGCCGUGGACGAGAAGCAGAAGAAGGAGGAGGAGGAGAAGCGGGCCGAGCUGGAGCGGCAGAGGAGCAUCCGGCAGCAGGAAAUCGAGGAGCGUCUGAUUGAGGAGGAGACGGCGCGGCGGGUGGAGGAGCUGGUGGCUAAGCGGGUGGAGGAGGAGCUGGAGAAGAGGAAGGAUGAGAUCGAGCGGGAGGUGUUGAGGCGGGUGGAGGAGGCCAAGCGCAUCAUGGAGAAGCAGCUUCUGGAGGAGCUCGAAAGGCAGAGACAGGCCGAGCUGGAGACCCAGAAAGCCCGCGAGGAGGAGGAGAAAUCGAAGCGGGAGGAGCUGGAGAAGAUUCUGGUGGAGAACAACCGCAAGAUCGCAGACGCUCAGGCUAAACUGGCGGAGGAGCAGCUCCGGAUCGUGGAGGAGCAGCGUAAGAUCCACGAGGAGAGGAUGAAGCUGGAGCAGGAGAGACAGAGGCAGCAGAAGGAGGAGCAGAGGAUCAUCCUGGGGAAGGGCAAGUCCCGACCCAAACUGUCCUUCUCAUUGAAAGCUACGGAAUGACCAACAGGGGGCAGUCUACCGCCUCUACGGACUCUGGAGCCCGUCCAUCUCUCUUUCUCUCUCUCCCUUUAUCUCUCUUUUUCUCUCUCUCUUUUAUUCCCUCUCUCCUGGGCUCUCUCUCUCCACAGGCACCAGCCAUUCAGCACAGAUCCAGCGUGAGACGCGUAUAAAACGUUUUUAUGGUUGUAUCUCUUGUUUUUAGCGAGUGGAGUUGAAGCUCCUCCCUGUUUUACAGCCUCGGUUUUUGUAUUACUGACUGUUGCGUAGGAAUCUGUCGCCUACCUCCCUCUCGUCUCCCUGUCUCUCGUCUCCCUGUCUCACGUCUCCCUGUCUCACUGUCUCAGAGGUGUGGGGAGAGAAACUCAAACGCACGGGAUAAUAAAAUAUGAACAAUAUGGAGGAGAAGAAGAGAGCGGCGCUGAACUGGGAGCUCCAAGCUACUGUGGGGCGAAUGAUAGCGGCGUGUUAUUUUAUUGUUUUGUUGUUUAAUUGUUUUAUUUUGUAAUUUAUUCAUGGAUUAAACAAACCAGGACGAG